AUGUUGCUCGACCUGAUCUGGAAUCAAUUAACCAAUGGAACGAGAGGACACAUGAAUCGCAGCAAAAGGGAGUACUGCCUCGUCCUCUACUACAUCCUCGACUGGCUUGAGAACGACGAGCUUCUGAGCCUGAUGGAAGCAUUCCCCGCAAUGGCCGGCGUGAUCUACUGGUCCUACGGCGCGAAAUAUCGAUGGAAGAACGCAAUACAGCAACGGAGAGACGACAGUCAGGCACUAUUCUGGCACCAGCUGCGAGAGGCGGUGCGGGAGCAGCGGGAGACUCACGACGAGGUCAUUAAGUUGCGGCAGGAGGCCAAGGGGUUUGAGGCCUGGAACAAUGUUCCUCAAUGGAGGCAUACCCAGAGGGAGGCAAAGCGGAGGUUGUUGGCUGCGGAGGUCUUUGAGCUGGAGCAGCAGUUGGAGUGUGUUCAGCAGCUACAAAGGCCCAAUGCGAGUACGCUAAGGUGGAAUCGAAGGUUCGCGGUGCAGAUUCGGCUUGAUAUCCAGAAUGCGAUCAGAGAUGCGAAAGCAGAAGACGACGAGGUGGCGCUGGAAAUUCCCUCUAAACACCAGACUGACCCUGAACGCCUGCCUGCUCGGCCACAGCUGAAGUCUUUCGUGGACGAUGAUCUCAGUAUACCAGCCAAAGUAGUCGAAGAGAACCUACAAGAUGUAGGCUUCCAACCAAUCGAGCGGAUGAUCUUGCGAGAUUACCACCAAUCCCUGCGAGUCCUGUACAGACUGGGCUUGUUCGACCCCAAAGGCUACACCCACGAUGAAAGCACCUACCUCGCCGAUGCCAUCGCCUGCACAAGCAAGGGUUGCACCAAGUUCAUAAUGAGCCACUACGACUCUGGCAAACUCCUCACCCAUUCAUCACUGCCCAGCAUCUGGCCGGGCCCCUUCGAAAUCGGCAACCAUAUCGACCUCCUCAUCGAGACGGAAUUCAACUACGGGCUCGGCCUCGCCCUGAAAAUCCUGCUCCAGCGCUCCCUAGACUUAAACACCUCACUAUGGCCGCACACGAGGAGCCACAUCUGCGAAUUCGCCACAGGCCAUGUAGCUUCGCUUCUAAAGAGAGUCGGCGUGGACCUUACGGACACAACCGACUGGUCCCCUAGGGAUACACCGUGGCACAUGGCCGCAAGAAACCCGAACAAGUCGUUCUAUAAUUUCCUAAACCAACGUAUCCCGCACACAAUAAACCAGCCCGAUAGAAACGGUGAUCUGCCAAUUACGAUUGCGCAAAGACUAGACGAGAAAGAGAGGGCACAGUGGCUUAUUGACCGGGGUGCGGCAGUCUAUCCCGCUGUUCGGAAGAUGUUAUCCAACCUUUGCUCCCCCGAGGACGAAUGGUUCCUGUUUUACUUUCAAGCUGCCGGUACCAGCCUGCCUACAGAGCCCUGGAUAAACGAUGUUAUUGAUGGGUUGAAUGAGGAGAUAGCUAGGCAGGGGGCGGAGGAGAGAGGGUCAUUGAACGAACGGGCGGCGGAGCUUAUUAUGAAGCUGAAGAAUGGAAAUGGCGUUUCCAGUGCGAGCCUGCGUACUUUGAACGAUAGGAAUGAGACGCCGCUUCAGGCUGCGACAAGGUAUGGGCUGAACGAAAUUAUUCAUCUGCUGCAGCCGCCGAAGCCCGUCAGACGGGAGCAUUCAUCGAGGUAUAAUUUAAGGAAGCGGGCACAGAGGUAUAACUUGAGGAAGAGGGUGAAGAGGGACUCUUCCAAAUAG